AUGGCGGCCUUCUUAACCUUUUUUGGACGAACCCUGACGGAGGCGCGCUUGCUCAGUUCGGCCAACUAUGUCCGGACGGAGCUGCCUACACGGAUAGCGCAUCGCCUUCGGGACAUGCAGACCUUGCCCUACGUCGUCGUGACGAACCCUCACAUCUCCCACGUCUACGAGCUAUACUAUAAAGCCUUCGACAGACUCCGCCGAAUCUCAGAGAUCAAGACGGUCGACGACAAUGAUCGCUACUGCAAGGUUAUCACAGAGACGUUGAAGGAGCACUUAUCGGUGAUACCGCGGCUGGCGAUGGGUGUGCUGGAGAUUCAAGGCCUUAUGGAGCCUGAGGACACGGAUAAGUUCAUGACUACGCUGCUCAGAUCUAGGAUUUCGCGCCGCGUCAUAGCCGAGCAGCAUCUCGCGCUCACGGAGACCUACCAUUCCCCGUGGCAUUUCCCAGACGCGAACAUGGAUCCAAACAUCGAUGCAGUCGGCGAGAUCUUCCUGCGCUGCAGCGCAAAAGAAAUCGUGGAGCGAUGCGCGAAGACCAUAACGGAGCUGGUAGGCAAAGUCAACGGAUCAACAGCACACAUCCCAGAGGUCCGGAUUUACGGCCAUCUCGAUGCAACCUUUCCGUAUAUACAGAGCCACCUCGAGUACAUAAUCGGAGAGCUUCUCCGGAACUCGAUCCAGGCCGUCAUCGAGCGAAGGCACCAAGGAGAGAAACCGCCUCCCAUUGAGGUCUUAGUCUGCGAAACGCCUCAGCACGUGAUCAUCCGAACAUCCGAUCGCGGUGGAGGCGUUCCGAAGGAGAUCUUGCCCUACCUCUGGUCGUUCAGCAAAGGACCAAGGAGUCAGACAAGACUGAAGAAUCUGCGCAAAGUCCCGGCUCUGGUAGCCACAAUGCAGGAGCUGAAGAUCCCUACCGAGGAUCAAAGCGUCCACGACACGAAAAGGAACUGGAGGUCCGCUGAAUCCGGAGGACAUGCAAGUUCACUUAGUAGUCUUACCAGCCGGCCGCCGGACCUGCGUCUUGGGAUUGGCCUGCCGAUGAGCAAGAUCUACGCCGAGUACUGGGCUGGUAGCUUGGAGUUGCACAGCUUGGAAGGAUGGGGCGUCGAUGCCUUCCUUCAGAUUUCUAAGCUGGGCAACAAGAAUGAGCAGCUUAUCACCAGAGCGAGCCAGGACGCAGUGUAA